AUGAAGAUUCCGGGUGUUGAAAUAAAGUUGGCUGAUUUUCUUGUUUUGGAGGAGAAGAAAGAAGCACAAGGUGAGGUUGUGUUUUGGGAGGAUGUUCUUGGUCACAAUAUUCAGCUCUCUUUGCUAUUUUUUGUCCAGCUUUCAGACACCUCUUCUCUCAAACCCAACGUCAUUACUUCUCCAAAACGUCACUGCACCACCUUUCUUCCCUCCUUCUCCGCCGCAUCUUCUCCGCAGAACCCGACCCAGAUGCCAAUCCCAACUUCCAUAAACCCCUCCCUAUCCAACCCAUUUCCUACCCAACUAGAACCCAACCUCCUCCAUCCCAAGAAACCCAGUCCCAAUCCCAAUCCCAACCCCGAAUCUCUACCUGAACAAAUCCCACCUCAAGCUGACCAAGGUACUCGGACCUGGAACCGGGAUAAAAUGCGGUACAUCGAGGAUGCCCCGGUGAUUUUCCCAAUUUCGUAUCCGUCCAGGGUUGUCCCCUUGCCUGAGGACCGUGUGAAAGAAGAUGAGGAUGGUAGUAAAAAUGAGAGGAAGAUGAUUGAUGACGAUAGGUGGAAUGCUAUAAUGACGAGGAGAAGGGUAUUGGGUGAGGAACAGGAUGACGAUCAUGUUGAGUUCCCGACCUUGAUUAAAGGUAGUGGUGUUGCUAGUGGUGGUUUUCAGGCUCGGCGACGAUUUUCAGGCGAUGAUUGA